AGCCUGGGGUAAUGCAUGUCCGUUGUCCACCAAUUUAAUCCUCCCUCAACCUUCUGCAGCGUUCUGUUACUUAGGUGUAUUCCUAAAGAGGAAACUGAGACCCAGUCUAUUAAAUUACCUGCACUUACUAAAGACUCCCUUUCCCAGCUGCCUGCUCCUCGAAACCUGAAGGUCUACCUGUACAACACGCAGCAGGCUCUGAGCUGGGAGCCGGUGACCCUGAGCAAUGACUUGAGACCGGUGGUCUACCAGGUGCAGCAUCAGUACAAUCCCAGUAGUAACUGGUACGACGUCAACAAAGAAAACAGUAAGGUGGAUUGUACAAACAUCAUUGUGCCAAAGUGUGUCUUUUCCACAAACAACCUCUCAGAGGGUUUCCCCCCGAGUUUCAACAUCUCUUUACGUGUUCAAGCUAAGCUGGCAGGCCUCGUUUCUGAUUGGGUGACGGCGCCUUGGUUCCAACACUAUCGGAAUGCGACCAUCGGACCUCCAGAAAACGUCUGGGUGACCCCAGAAGAAGGCUCCUUUAACAUCAAGUUUUCUUCUCCCUUUGACGUCCCUGCCAGUGAAGCCUAUUUUUUGUAUUACGUCUAUUACUGGGAAAAGGGCGGAAUCCAACAGGUUACACGCCCUUACAGGAGCAACUUCAUCACGUUGAAUAAUUUAAAACCCUUAAGAGCAUACUGUUUUCAAGUCAAGGCAGAACUGUUUUGGAUAAGCGGGAAAAUCUCGAGACCUGGGCAUUUAAGCGACAUAUCUUGCUCCGAGACAACAGCAGGCGCCUCUGCCAAGCUUCAGCAAGUCAUCCUGAUUGCCGUGGGAACCUUUUUGUUGCUGUCGGUGGUGGUAGGGACCUGUCUCUUCCUGGUCCGGAAAUACAGAGGCUUGGUUAAAUACUGGUUUCAGUCUCCGCCAAGGAUCCCAGCACAAUUAGAAGAGUAUUUAAAGGACCCGGAUCAGCCCAUCUUAGAUGCCUUGGACAACGACAGCUCGCCAAAGGAUGAUGCCUGGGAUUCUGUAUCCAUCGUUUUGUCCCCAGAGAAUGAGGGAGAAGAUGUUCUCCAAAGCACUGUGAACCAAAGCACGGGUCCGAGCCAGCAGCCCGUGGAAGGAGGACUCCAAGCCAGUGAACCCACUGAUGUGACUGUCAGGACUUGAGGGAGCCCAGGACUCCAUACUCCUGUCACCAAGAAACCCGUGGGUGCCUGGGGAGAGGUCGUAGCUCCCGCGGGAGAGACAGACUGAUUUUUUUUCUUUAAACAAAGAAUUUUCUAAAUCAUACUCAUUUUCUAGAAUGAUUCUACAUACCAAAACAAUCAAGUUUUCUUUUAAACACUAAAAAGACAGAACUAUUGGUUAGCAACAUGGCCGUGGCCCCAUGCUGAUAUUUUGUGCAUUGUUGGCUGGGCCAGGCAGUCAGGAGACGGGGUCUUCUCCUUGAUUCUGGCAAGGAGUUUCAGCCCCUUGGGCAGGUCACGUAACCUGCCCCGGCCUGUCCCAACAAGGGACACUGAGCGGCCCUUCACAUCCAGUCUCCUGGCUUAAAAUGUGCUUAAUCUUAUAAAUAGUUUCCUAGUAAUUUAAGUAUUUUUUUUUUCAAGCUAGAAAUAAAAGACUGCAUAAUUUGCUUUUUAAAAGCCUA